AUGUCAGACCUUGAACAAUUUGAUAAAAUUUUAAAAGAAUUACAUGAAUUAAAACCUCCUGGAGUAUCAGGAUCUCGUAUUAAAGCUAUUAAUAACAUUGCUAUUAAACAAGUACAAAAUGAAUCGAUUUUAAUAACUAAAUUAUAUUCUGCCUGUAGAGCAAGUCCUUCUAGUAAUAAAUUAGGUAUGUUAUACGUGGUUGAUAUAAUUUUAAGAUCUUAUAAUGAUGAAGCUAAAAAGAAUGGAGAAACAAUUUCUAGUGAGAGUGCUGAAGGAACUUUCGGUGCAGGAAUUUAUAAAAUUAAUGAAUUAAUUGAAUCAAUUCUUGAUGAUGCCUUAGAAUUCACUAUUGAUAAAACUACUAUUAAUAAAAUUUUAAAACUUAUUGAAGUUUGGGAAAGAUCAAAAUCUUUUAAUGAAGAAUUUAUUCAACAUUUAAAAUCUAAAUACUUUAAAUCAACUUCACCUCCAGGAACUCCACCUCCUAGAAUCAGUGAAUUGAUUUAUGAACAACCAAAACCUUCUACUUCUAAUGUUUUACUGGCUUUAGAUAAUUUACAAAAAUUAAGUUCAAAAAGUCCAACUCCGACUAAUCAAACUGUAAAUGCUAAUAAUAUUUUAUCACAAUUAUCAAAUUUAAGUGGUAAUAUUGUUUCCAAUGCUCCUUCAGUACCUACAACUCAACAGUCUAAUAGCGUAUUGGAUAUGUUAUCAAAUUUAAGUAAUCAAUCUCAACCUCCUCAAAAUGAUAGAUCAAAUAAUUUCGAUAGUUAUUCCAGAAGAGAUAGAUCAAGAUCACCUCGUCGUGAUGAUAAUAAUUUAAGGGAAAGAUCACCUCCAAGAAGAUCAGGUUUACCUAAAAAAUUACCUGCUAGUUUACCUGCUAUCCCUAAAAGUUUACCUGCGAUUCCUCGUAAAGUAGCUCCUGAACCCUCUUAUCAACAACAACAACAACAACAACCAUCACAACCAUCACCACCACAACAAAAUUUCCAAUUACCUAAUUUACCGCAAAUUCCUGGUUUACCUAAUGUUCCUAAACCAGCUCAUGAAAGUCCCAAUGAAGCCCUUGCAACUGUUGAUGUUAAUGGGUUUGAAGAAUUAAAUGUUGAAAGUAAUCCUCAUUUUAGACCUCGUAAUGUUGGUAUUGACUCCUCAAUCCCUAAUAAUUCCAUUAAAGUGUUUUCCCGUACUUUAUUCUUUGGUGGGAUUACUAGAGAAAUGACCGAACAAUAUAUUAUCGAUGUAUUGAGACCUUUUGGUGAAGUUCAAUCAAUUAUCUUGAAUACUGAAAGGAAACAUGCUUUUGUUAAAGUCUAUUCUCGUAGAGAAGCUGAAAAUAUCGUUAAUUCUUUCAACAAAGAUAAUUCUUUACCUUUAAGAAUCAGAUGGGGGGUUGGUUUCGGCCCAAGAGAUUGUUGUGAUUAUCAACAUGGAGUCUCAAUCAUUCCAAUGGGAAGAUUAACUGAUUCAGAUAGAUUAUGGAUUGAAAAAGGUCAAUGGGGUGGUACUGGGGGUCAACCAGUAACUAGCGGAUUAGUUAUAGAUGAGCCAGAUAUCGAAGCUAGUACUGGAGUGUCUUCAAAAUCAAUGUCUAAGAAAAUGCCUACAAAUUCAGGUAGAAAUGGUCCUAAAUCCGGUGUAAAUCCAGAUUUUGAUUAUAAUUAUACUAAUAAUUUCAAUCCACCAAACAAUAAUUUCAAUUUCAAUGGAAUUCCUCCAAGUUCAGGUAAUCCAAACUUGGCAGCUUUGAAUAGUUUGUUGAAUCAACAAAAGUAA